CAUUUAUGUAAUGUGCCAUGGUCUCGACCCAGCAGUGUUGACAAUAGGCUGAGAAGAAACAGCCCUGAAUCACCAACGAGCAACGGAAAACACGACAAAUUCAGGGUGUUGUUUGAGACGUAGAGUCUAACGGACAACAGGAAUGUUAUAGCAUCGAGACGCGUUUUGCUCUUAACUGGAGUUUAAGGAUUUUCCAUUUGGAUGGAAAACUGCUUGUGGGUUUGGCUGUUUUAGGCCGAGAUUUUGCUGCUGGGGAGAGGCUGUUCGCACCGAGCUGGAGGCAGCCGCACAGUUAGCCUGACAGUUACCCCGACACAGGACUAUUCUCCGCCGCAGUCUCCGCUGCACGCUGUGGAGGCUCAGGGUGAAUUACGACGACGGAAGAGCUUCCAGCCAGUCGCGCUCAGGUCGGGACUCUGGUCAGGACUCGGAACGGUGUGUGUGUCUUCCAGCCCGGUCACUGUCAGUGUGUGAGCUGUAGCUAACAUUUGCAUCAUUAGCGCUGUCCCUAUAUUUACAUCCGGGAUGAUGGGUGAUCGCCCGAGCCCGCCCAGGGCUAUGUCCUCGGCACCCACCUCAUCUCCGUCUGUGGACAAAGUGGACGGCUUUUCACGGAAGUCUGUAAGGAAGGCCAAGCAAAAGCGGUCACAGAGUUCAUCCCAGUUCCGCUCUCAAGGCAAACCCAUUGAGCUCACCCCCUUGCCACUGCUCAAAGACGUUCCAGCACCAGAGCAGCCGGAACUGUUCUUAAAGAAGUUACAACAGUGUUGUACUGUCUUUGACUUCAUGGACACACUGUCGGACCUCAAGAUGAAAGAGUAUAAGCGCUCCACGCUCAACGAGCUGGUGGACUAUGUGACUGUCAGCCGUGGCUACCUGACAGAACAGGCCUAUCCCGAAGUUGUCAAAAUGGUGUCUCACAACAUAUUCCGGACCCUUCCACCCAGUGACAGCAAUGAAUUUGACCCUGAGGAGGAUGAGCCCACACUUGAGGCCUCUUGGCCACACUUACAGUUGGUAUACGAGUUCUUCAUUCGGUUCUUGGAGAGUCAGGAAUUCCAGCCCAGCAUUGCCAAAAAGUACAUAGACCAGAAGUUUGUCCUACAGCUUUUGGAGUUGUUUGACAGCGAGGACCCUCGAGAAAGAGACUAUCUGAAGACAGUCUUGCAUAGAAUCUAUGGAAAAUUCCUGGGGCUGAGGGCUUUUAUACGAAAACAGAUCAAUAAUAUUUUUUUACGUUUUGUUUAUGAGACGGAGCACUUCAACGGAGUGGCUGAGUUGCUGGAGAUCUUGGGGAGUAUAAUCAAUGGUUUUGCUCUGCCACUGAAAGCAGAACAUAAACAGUUUCUGGUUAAAGUGUUGAUCCCCCUCCAUACUGUCAGGAGUCUGUCCCUCUUCCAUGCACAGCUGGCUUAUUGCAUUGUACAGUUCUUAGAGAAAGACCCGACAUUAACAGAACCAGUCAUCAGAGGCUUACUGAAGUUCUGGCCAAAAACGUGCAGUCAGAAAGAGGUGAUGUUUCUUGGAGAGCUGGAGGAAAUUUUGGACGUCAUAGAGCCCACACAGUUUGUAAAGAUCCAAGAGCCGCUUUUCAAACAGAUCUCCAGAUGUGUUUCCAGCCCACAUUUCCAGGUCGCAGAGCGAGCUUUGUACUACUGGAACAACGAAUACAUCAUGAGUCUGAUCGAGGAGAACUCCAGCGUCAUCCUGCCCAUCAUGUUUGCCAGUCUCUACAGGAUCUCCAAAGAGCACUGGAACCCGGCCAUCGUAGCGCUGGUGUACAAUGUUCUAAAGGCUUUCAUGGAAAUGAACAGUACCUUAUUUGAUGAACUCACCGCCACUUACAAGUCAGACCGUCAGCGUGAGAAAAAGAAGGAGAAGGAGCGCGAGGAGCUGUGGAAGAAGCUGGAGGACCUGGAGCUGAAGCGGGGCCUUAGGAGUGACGGGAUCAUCCCGACUUAACAAAGACAGUGCCGUGCUCCCCUUUGAUCCUCCAUGUCCGACUCCCACCCUCCUCCAUCCCCGCCCCAAACUUCAGCCAUGUCUGCCCAGAGCUCCAGAUGCAGGCUGUGGUCUCUGGACUCACACAGCACCCGCUGGUUUCUUAAUCCUUUUAUUAUUAUUUUUGUUUCUGUUUUGUUUCUCCUGUGUUUGUGCGACUUACUUUACUGUAGAUUCAUCACGUCUGUUUUCAUUAUUUCAGCAGCACUGUAAAUAAUUAUUUUCCCCUGAACUGAUGUUAUUGCAAACAGAUAAAAAGAACAACAAUAAAAAAGAUAAAAAUGGAAAUGGAGAAAAGGACUUGAGGUGUCUGUGAGGGGGAUGUAAACAAAAAACAAAAAAAAAACAAGGAAGCAUCAAAAAAGAAGUUAGAUUCAUUUCUUUUCCGUUUAACUCUUCACCCCACUCCUCCUUUUCAGCACAUCCCACCUUUAACUUUAAUUUUGAUGGUUCUCCUUUUAGUGACCUCUCCUGUCUGCCGUGUGCGUCGCCUGGACUAAUUAGAUUAAGCUUGAUCCCCUAAAAAGUUUCCUGAAAGUUGCGUCGGAUGAGCUUUCUGUCCUCUCUGGCCUCACUCGUCUGUCAGCAGGUCGUCCAUCCUGUGGAAACAGGGCAAAAACGAGUGUGUUUACAUGCACAUGUAGGAAAAGUAGACUGAGUUGGUGCUUGGUUUCCUGUAGCUUCAGAAGGAAAGGGUUGUUUCUAGUUUGACAUGCAGGUUUUUCUAUUGUUUUAGCAUAAAGUGCGUUUUAUAGGAAGAUAAAUUCCUCCCUCUAACAUCGGCAGCGCAGGGUGACAUGCUGUAGGUUCAUUCCUGCCACUUGUUAGUUUUGGAUGAAACACAAAAAGGAAAGAAAACCUCUUGAUUUGUGCAUGAAAGCACAUAUCCGUAAGCUUCGUCUGAGCUGUACUGAACGCUGAGAGAGCACAUCAGAGUACAUGUUGGUUGAUGCCUUUAUCGACGGAAAGCAAACGGGCUUUAAUGACAUUAAUGAAAGGACAGAAAAUGUCCAGGAUUUGACCGUCUGACCCUCUCAUCACUGAUCCGAGCGUUGACUCCGCUCUAAGACGAAAGAAGUUUGGCUCUUAGCUCCUAACAUGUUCAUGAGGGACUUUGUUUUUCCACGGCUUUAGCGCCAUCUGAUGGUGGGAGCAGCAGAGACGACAAACCCUGACCAACUAAAAUCACAUGAAUACUUAGGAUGAAGUAACUGAUGUUCAGUGCAAAACAUUCAAAUCUCGAUUUUUAAAGGAGAGACUAUGGUUUUUGCAGGAAAAAAUGGAAUUUGAGCCACUGUUUCCAUCUCUUAGUAUUUGCAUAGUGUUUAGAGGUUUUGACCAGCGGUUUGGUUCCUGACUAUUUUGCCCGUGGAACUUCUUCCUUUCAGGGACUUGCAUGUAAACACACUCUGAUUUUCCUCCUCGAAAAACGCAUUAAAAAGUGAAUCAUUCAUCCCUGAAUCUGUCCUGCUUUAGGAGACAUGUUGGUAGCGGUCCGGCACUGGUUACCAGCCCACCACAACUGAGACAUCAACAUAGAAACAGUAAAGAAAUCAGUGCACCAAAAUCCUCUUCCUCCUUUUGCCACUGGGGGGCGCUGCAUUGACUUCACAGUAUUACAGCAACAGUGACUAAAGACGACCCUGUAUAUUAUUUAAUGCAGUACCCUGAUAUUCCUGUAUCUUGUAGUAAUUUAGCAUUUAUUUUUUGCUUAUGAAUUGUGGAGAGGAUUAUCCAGUAUAUAAAGAGGUAUUAUGGAACAAGACUUCCUACUAUACAUGUUAGUGUGUUUUCCCCUUUUAGUAUGUUCUUUUUUUUUUUUUUUUUGGUCUCACUUUUUUUCCCCUCUGCUCUUGGUUUCUAUCUUGUUUUCAAUAUUUUGAUGACAUUUUUGUUCAUUAGAUAUAUAUGUAAAUGUAUAUCUUCAGGGGGAGGAGGGGGGUGAGAGUUUGAGUGGGGCAGCUAGACAUGGGCUCGGAGCGAGGGGUGGGGGUCAGGGUGGAGAGGAAGCAUGGAGCAGGUUGGGUUUAACUGUUGGGACCUUCUGAGAGUCAUCCACCCCCACACUACCCCUUCCUCCCUUACAGAAUUGAUGUGUGGUGUAGAAUGGCCCAGAUGUAAUAUGAUUUAAAAUCUGAGAAAAAAAAAAA